AUGGCGGCCUUAUCCGUAUCGUUGUGGUUGACCUUGUCUUCCACCAGCUUCAUCUUUGUCCUCUGUUCACCCUCCUCCUCGUCCUUUCCCUCCCACUUCCCUCCACCUGCCCCCUCUACCGACGCUUGGUCCUUCAGUUACUACAACUACUAUCCCUCCACUACGCCCGCGUACGCCCAACCUCCCACCCACGCCCAACCUCCCGCCCACGCCCCUCUAGGCCCGCGGGAGCCCAACGACCACCCAAACGACGUCUCGAGACACCGCUCCACGCCCCCCGCGGUGCCCUUUGGUCACGAAGCCUUCCAUCACCGCGCCCUUCGCAUCUCCCAGGAUGACCCAGCCAGAUACCUCCACGCCCACGCCCUUGGGUCAUGGCCAGCAGCACAACGCCCGUACGCACUCCACCACGCGGAGGUCGUUCACGACUACGCCCACGUCGUACAUCAAGCCAUCGAGAGGGACAGAAGACAAGGCGAGGAGCUUAGAUUUCAUUGUGUUGACGCCUCUACGUCAUUCUUCAAGUGUGAUAGUCCUGCACGCCCACGACACGCCCACGGGAGUCAUGACGCCCCGAGAAGCUACGCAGCCUUUGUGUUGGGCGGUCCCCAGCGCCCUUUCCCGCCCGCGCCCCAGCUGGGAAGUUUCCCUGAAGCGGUCGUCGGAUUCCCAAGCGCGUCCGGCAGAGGCAAAAUAGCAGGACGAAUCAAAACAGCAGAGGGAAUUCCAGCAGGACGAACCGCCGCCACAGCAGAGGAACUGACAGCAGGGAAAUCCUCAGCAGCAGCAGCAGCAGAGAAAGCGGCAGCAGAUGAUCGAGAAGUUAGCGUGGCAGUGAGAGCAGAAAAAAGGGGAAGGUUUUACCAGAAACUGAAGGAGAGAAAUCAUAGCAAGAUCGCGCGCAAGUUCCGUGGAAGAGUUAAAAAGGCCCGCCACGGGACGCUCGAGCCAGCCAGCGUCGCGUCCCACGGCCGCCGCAGCUCUGGUCCUCCUCACCGGGGUUUCCUGAAGGCGUCCUAUGCGCCCUCUUGCGCCAGAGACACCAACCGCUCCUAUUGUCUCUUGGACGAGUCCUACCCGAGCGCCUUCAUAGCAGAGGAACUGGCGCUUCACUACGAAUUCCUCAAGGACUUGUGGCGACCCUCGGAGAUGCCCGGCGUCCACAAUUCCAGUUACGCCACGCCCCCCGCAUUUACAAGGAGCAGCAGACAAGGGAACACGAAACAAGCGAAAACGAAAAUAAAGCCUACAAAGAGUGGAAGGGAAGAAGAAGAAGAAGCAGAAGGAAAAGGAAAAGGAAGACGCUGGUCGAGCAAAAAGGAAGCGGGGGAAGGAUGGAGUUGCCCGACUCAUCAACACAGGGAGAGGCUGUCCAUGGCGAGGAACACGAGAGGGAAAUGGCGUCUCAUAGUGAACGUGGACGGAAAUCCUUCUCUUCGCCAGACGACAUCACUAGAGGAAUGUGCCAGCGAAGAGACGUCGUGCGACCUCCUCCCCACUCUGGUGACAUCCCGCUGCGUCCAGAAGCAUGUCAUCCACAACCUCUUGUCAUGGGCUCCUGAAGAAGGUUUCUACGUCGACUCCUACAGGCUGCCAAGUGCCUGUGUGUGUUAUAUAUCGCGUGUAGACCUUCACUUGCUCUAUACUUUCGUGGAGAAUUGGGACAUCCGUCACUGAUGUUUGACCUUUUUACUCCUUGUUUACGAAGUGUGGAUGUAUUGUAUGGCUUAUUAAAUAAUGUAUGUUAAGAUAUAUUUUUUAUACUAAAUAUGUUUAAGUCAUAACUUUCGAAGUAAUGUUAUCAAAAUCUUCCCCUUAUAUUUUUUACAUGAUCUCUUUCUACAUACAUAAUUACGCCAGUGUACCUUUGCGAAUAAACCUUUUAUAAAUGUAAAAUUUUGUAGAUACAGCGCCCAAGUUUGAGGAUUAUGUACCAGCAACUAGCAGUCAGCAAUAAUACUGAUUAUUGAUUCUGGUAAACCCACGGAAUAGCUGUAAUUACUAAAUGCCUUGCUGAAUAAACAAGCGUCA